AUGGAUUAUGAUGUAGAUGAAAGAAUUUCUAGUAUCAAAAAAUCAAUGAAAAAAAUACAGAUGCAGAUUAUUGGAGAAAGCUCUGACUCCCCCCCUUUAAAUUGGAACAAAAUAUAGGUAAAAUUUCACUUUUUUUGGUAAAUUAACCCCCCUUUAAAUUGGAACAAAAUUUAAUUUUAUAAUAAAAAAUUUUAUAUAUAUAAAUCAUAAUUUUUAUGUAAAAAGUUUUGAUAUAAUUUAAAUGUUUCUUCUUAACUAAAAUUAAAAAUUUAGUUGUAUCCUGCUCUUGUUUAAAGAAUAGAGUAUAAAGAGCAUCUUAUUUAAAUAAAUCUAUUAUCCUUAAUUGUAAAUUUUAAAAAAAAAAUCAAUUGUUUUGUUUUUUUUAAAUAAUUUCAAAAAAAAUUUUAAUUUUUUUGAUAAAAAUGAUAUUUUUUAUUUAAAUAGCUUUGAUAUAAACUCAAUACGAAUUCUUUUACAAAAAUUCAAAAUUUACUUAUCUCUUGCUUUAUUUUAAAGAAUAGAGUAUGAAUAACAUCUUAUUUAAAACAAAAUUAGCACUUUGAUUAAUAAAUUUUCUAAAAUUUUUUUUUUUUAAAUUUUUUUUAUCAAAAAAAAUAAUAAUUUUUGUGUAAAUAGUUUUGAUACCAAUUAAUAGUGGCGUAUUAAUUAAUAAUAAAAUUUUAGUUAUAUCUUGCUUUGUUUUAAAGGAUAAAGAGUAAAUAGCAUUUUAUUAAACAAAUUUAUUAAUCUAAUUCGAUAAAUUUUUGAAAUUGUUUUUUUUUUUAAAUUUUAUAUAAUUUUUUUUUUUUUAUAAAAAAAUUUUCUUAACCCCCCUUUAAAUUGGAACAAAAUUUUUAGUUCCAAUUUAAAGGGGGGGAGUGAAGGGUCUUGGGUUUCUGAAAUAAAAGAUUGGAAUAGCGGGUCAAGGCUAUUUUAAUCUUUAUCUGAAUAAGCUUAGUGCUUGACGUGGUAUCUCCUUCAACAGGGUGAAUAGGCCACAUUCCACCCUUUUAACUCCAAGCUUGACGUACCGGACAUUCGGCGUUAUACCAUUUUUCAGGCUGACCGAUAAUCCUGUUCCGCCGUUGCUUGCCAGAUAACCCCACGGAACUUGUUGUGCUCUCUCUCAUCAUGCUUCAGUUUCCAGCGCGUGUUCCACCUAAGAGUCACCUUCCUCAGGUGUGUUGAGUUUACAAAACCUCAAACUUCUUGAAUGUCCUCCAAGCCUAUGCGAAACUGCUGUCGUUAUACAGAAAUUCUUAUAGCCGGAUUCCAUAAAUAAAAUUUCCAUGAGGGAGAGAAAAAUUAAGAAAUCUAAUUUCUCUCGAACUGAAUACCAUUUUAUUUAUGGCUCAAGGCUAUCAAAAGACGACUUGGAGUUAUCAACAUCAAAAUAUCAAGAUGCCAAUUCAGGAUUUUACACUGAAAGAGCAGCAGGAAAAAGCCAGUUCAAACUUGACAAUUGGGUAAGCGAAAAACCUGAAUUAAUUGAUUACCCACUAAUUCCAGAGCUGCCUGAAAAGAAACAGAUUUCUUAUCCGUAUAGCAAUGGAGCAAUUUCUUUCCCUUCCAAGCAGAAUAAAGGUGCUGAAGAAAACAAAGAAAUUGACGUUUUAAAGAAAGAAAUUUUUAACACCAAAGCAAAAAUUGAUGAUUUAGAAGUAAUGAACCGAGAACUUAUAAAGAAAGAUAGCAUAAUUUCGGAUUUAAAAGAAGAGCUGCAUAACUCAAGAAUAGAUAUUAAAGAGCUCAAUAUAAAAAUUACAAAGUUGCAUGAAGAGCUUGAGAAAAGAAACUCAAAAAUAGAUGAGCAGAAUGAGCUUUACAAGAAAAUUGCUGAGCUUGAAAAGGCUAGCAUUCAGUUUUCAUAUGAAAAAGUUGAGCUUGAAGAGGUUUUAAAGUAUUUUAUAAAAUGGCUGGAUUAUGACAAAGACAUUUUUAUAAGUUCAUAUACAUAAAAAUGGGUAUAAAGAGAUAGCCAGCAGAAAAUAAAAGUAAUAGAAAACGAAAACCAAAAAUUGGCAAAGGAAAACAAUGAUUUAUUAUCGCAAAAUAAGCAAUUUCAAGAAACAGUCGAAAAAUUGAAAAAUGGCACUGAAAGCAUAAAAAAUCGUGUAGAAACACUUCUAAAUGAAAGAGUAAGAAGGAAAAGCCAAGAAGAGCUUACUUUAAUUGCGAAAAAUGAAAUGCAAGAAAAAGAAAACCAAGAUCUUGUAGCAGAAAAUGAAUCACUAAAAAAGUAUUUAAACGAAGCCCAGCAAAGAAUUAAUGAGCUUGAAGAUCAAUUAUUAGAAACACAAAGAAAAACAAUAAAAAAGAAAAAAAAAUCUCCCGUGAAAAUAAACAAAGCUUCUCAAGACAUCAUUGUAAGCAAUAUGAGAAAAAUAAUAGGGCAAAUAAUGAUCAGUCUAAGAGUAGAGCAUGCUGAUCAAAUUAUUGGGGCUUGCCAAAAAGUGAUAAAAGAAGCAAAAAUUACAAACGAUUCAAAAGAAUUUUAUAAAAGUGUGGUAUUUCUUAUAAUAAAAUAUUCCCCUCCUAAUUCUUUGUCAAAGCUGCCAAGUGUCAAAUCUGUAUUAAAAUGACUGGAAAGGCUUAUCAAGGACUAUUUACUGCUUAAAAAAAUAGACUAUGUAGAGCAAACAAGUCUGGAAACUAAAAGAUCAGUUUAA